AUGACUAAUAAUCUAGUUCGUUCGUUGUUAUCAUUUCGUAGCAUUAAUCCAUUAGGUGGAUUGAUGCGUGCUUUUUCUAUUAUGUAUACUGCUCGUUGUACAGCAACAGGUGAUCAUAAUGGUCGUGUUGUGUGUGAUGAUGAUCGAUCACAUCUAGAUGUGAAAUUAACUAAACCAAAAGAACUAGGUGGUUCAGGUGGUUCAGGAACAAAUCCUGAAGAAUUAUUUGCUGCUGGUUAUAGUGCUUGUUUUUUAGCUGCCAUGGGUUUAGCAGCACAAAAUCUUAAAAAAUCACUACCAUCAGCAUCAAGUGUUAGUGCAGCUGUUAGUAUUGGUAAACAUGAUAAUGGUAAUUAUGGUUUCAAAGUUGAAUUAACAGUUAAAAUACCAAAUGCUAAACAAGCAGAUGCUGAUGCUUUAGUUAAAGCUGCACAUAAUAUAUGUCCUUAUUCUCAUGCAACACGUAAUAAUAUCGAUGUUAAAAUCAAAACUAUAACAUAA